GAAUUAUAUAUGGAAAAAUUAUUAAUUAACAUAAUAAAUUUCUCUAAUUUCUGCAAUCUCUAUCGACAAUGGAGUGGGGGCAACAGCCGCAGCAGCAGACGGGGGAUUUUCAUGGCGGCGGAAUGUUUGUGAAGGUGAUGACGGACGAGCAAAUGGAGGUACUUCGAAAGCAAAUAGCGGCUUACGCAGCCAUUUCCGAGCAGCUAGUCGAGCUGCACAAAUCGAUCGCGUUUCAGAACGAUAUUGCUGGAUUGAGGUUAGGAAGAAUGUAUUAUGACCCUUCAGUGUCAUCUGGUGUGCACAAAAUCUCCGGGAGGCAGCGAUGGACGCCAACGCCUAUGCAGCUGGAAAUACUUGAGCAGACCUUCCAGGAAGAGGGCUCCAUAGGCAAGACAAGAAUCCCUGAACUAACAGAGAAGUUAAUGCAGCAUGGCCAAAUUUCCGAAACAAAUGUCUACAAUUGGUUUCAGAACAGGCGCGCCAGGUCGAAGAGGAAGCAAAAAGCGAUGCCAUCAACAGCAAACAACACAGGAUCUGAAGUUGAAACAGAGGCAGCAGAGUCUUCCACCGACAAAUCAAAGAACAUCCUCGACUCCAGAAGUAGUGAGGAGAUGGUCUUUCACUCUACAGAUCCAUUCUGCAGCAGUAAAAGCAAACCACAUAUGUUAUCCCUUGAAGGCACCACAUCGAUCAAUGCCACCGGCCUUGGACAGAUUCCCUUCUACGAAAUGUGGAAUGGACCGAAUGAGAUGCUCGAUGGCGACCCCACGGGACUAUGAUUCUUACAACAAACAUGUGUUGUUCAUCUUCUCAUCCUGGUAUGUUUGGCUUUUUGACAAGCUUGUUACACAGUUUAGUGUUCUUGAUUAUGCCAACUU